AUGCAUUUCCCUUCAUUCCUCACCACGUGCAUCUUGGCGUUGGCUCCAACCUCCCUCGCCAAGCCUAUAGCGACCCACAACGGUGACAAUUCUACGGAUGUUGCUCCUGCUGCAGGCUAUGUCUUUGCCUACUUUGUCGGCGACGAUAACAACGGGGAGAGCAUUUUCCUCGCCGCGAGUAACGGGAACGACGCCCUUUCUUGGCGCGAGCUCAACGGCGGCAAACCAAUCCUGACAUCCGUAAAAGGCACCCGCGGUCUUCGGGAUCCUUUUUUGAUGCGUUCCCAUUCCGGCGACAAGUUCUUCCUCGUUGCCACAGACCUCAAGAUUAACGACAUUGGCUGGGAAAAGGCUCUGCGCUUCGGAAGUCUAUAUUUGGAAAUCUGGGAGAGCACUGACUUGGUCCACUGGUCCGAGCAGCGCCACACCCUUGUCUCCCGUCCAACGGCUGGCAUGACAUGGGCCCCCGAGGCUUACUACGAUGAGAGCAUUGACGAGUAUGUUGUCUACUGGGCUUCUCGGUUGUAUGCUGAGGACGAUCCUAAUCACGAGGUUGAAACGUACGCGAAGAUUAUGUACGCGACGACUAAAGACUUUAUCACCUUUAGCGAACCCGUUGUUUGGCAAGGUUCCAAUGACAGGAUUGACACGACUGUUCUUAAGGACGGCGAUACCUACCAUCGCUUCACAAAGGACUUUGGUGGUGUUUCGGGCAAAGAAUGUGUUGACAUUAUUCAAGAGAGCUCCAAGAAUUUACGCGCUGGACAGGAUGAGUGGAAGCACGUGACGAGCUGCAUUGGCACCAAGGCAGGACUCGACGUGGUCGAAGGACCGUCAAUCUUCAAGUCCAACCCAGGCGACGUACACGGCGAAAAGUUUUACCUUUUUGUUGAUGAAUUUGCUGGACGAGGGUAUAUUCCUCUUGAGACGACCGAUAUCGCGAAUCCGGAUUGGAAGGUUUCGGAGGAAUACAGUCUGCCUACGAGUCCGCGACAUGGAAGUGUUGUGUCGGUGACUGAGAAGGAGCUCCAAGGUGUGUUGGCGGCAUACGCCAAUUGA